AUGGAUGCGAGGAAAGGCCAUCAGAUCCCCUUAGCCUGUCAUCUCGUGUUGUGGUCCUCGCCGCAGCUCCUCGUUCGACGCCAUCUCUCGGAUAUCUGUUCGCCACCACGGACGCUUGGCUCCUCACUGCCCGAGUUCGUCUCCGCCGGCUUGACAACCGUAUUCCGGCGUCUGACCAUCCAGAUCGCGACCGCCAGGGCUGUGAUUCCAGUAGCUCCCAUCGCAAUACCAACCCCGAGGCCGAUCCUGGCUGCCGUUACUAGCCCAUCGCCAGAGGAUGCGGAGCUGUCGCCCGAAGCAGCCGAAUCAUCCUUGCUUCCUCCUGAAGCUGUAGUCGUUGCCGCCGCACUGGAAGCUGACAUAGAAGAGACGAGUGUCGAUGUCGACAGAGAGGCGCUCUCCAGGGGUCCCCCAAGCGUGGUCUCCCCCGUCCUUUCUGACCUGGUUGUUGGGCUAGACUCGGAGCCUGAACUAGCUGUGGAUGGCGAGGAGGUCACCUCCGAUGAUGAGGAGGAUGUGGCUGAGGAAGAGCUCACCGAGGAGCUGGUGGUCGAGGCGCCCAGGCUGAAUGUCGAGGCUGUUGCUCUCUUCCCGCUGGCCACCUUGAACCAGCCGCUGUUCCAGCCUAUGUCGUCUGGAUUUUCCCUACUUCUCAGGUUGAACCAGCAAUUGUCCGAGCUCGUGUAA